AUGGCGUCGGAAAAGACUGAUGUGACGCUCGCAGCAGACUCAAUAGGCGGUGAUGUAACCAAUCUGAAUGAACUAACUUCUUUGAUCCAGGGAGUAUUGCAGCAGACUCAGGACAGAUUUCAACACAUGUCUGAUCAAAUAAUCCGCCGUAUCGAUGAUAUGACAAAGCGCAUUGACGAUCUUGAGAAGAACAUUUCUGAUGUGAUGUCUCAGAAUCAGAUAGAGCAGCAACAACCUUAA